AUGGGGCCCCACGAGGACUACCUUGGCGGAGACGAUUUCGCAAUCCGACUUGACCUUGUUAACCGAAUCCGUAUCCUCUGCCACGAUGAAGAUGGUGUCGUUUCGAAGCAAGAUCUGGAAACACUCAAUCAAUCGCACCUCUGGGCACAACUUUUCAUUCUCGAAAUAGAUAUUCUCGAAAGACUCGCCAAAGAUUUACAAGAUGAAGAAAAGAAACAGUCUUUACUCUUUCAUAUACCCACAUACUUGGAAAAAAUCGAACAUCUCGUGUGGUUCUUCACCAAAGGACCCAAGGAAGACUGGCCCAAGGAAGAGUCGAACAUUGAACGAGGUAUCGGGGCGGUAGAAGCGGUUCUGGCUCGUGACGGCUCGCGUUGCGUUUUGACCGGUAAAGAUUAUCCUGAAGUUUGCCAUAUUUGGCCGUUUUGGGCGAUAAACAAAAAGACAAUCGUGCAUGGUGCUCUGAGGACCUUGACCGCCGUCUAUGGAAUACCCUACACGAGGGACCUCAUUCAGUGUCUCACUUCCCCUGACAGUAACAAAGUCGACAGCCCUGAGAAUAUGAUCACCCUAUGUGCUCAACUUCAAAAAUACUGGGAGGCUGGUCUCUUUGCCCUGGAGCCGUAUGGACAAAUAGAGAAACCUGUCAAACCCAAAGUAGCAGAUGGCGAGCAAUCUACAACCACCGCUAGAGACACGCCCGCUCAAAGCUUACCCCCAAGGGCUUCAGCAAGCGUGACAGAGAUGAAGAAGGGAAAGCAAGCCCCCGAAAUGGUGUACGGCAUCAAGGUUCGAUUCCACUGGCUGAAGCGCACGACUUUGGCGUCCUUGUAUGACGUACCCGCCCCAGGUGCCAAUCCACGAAAUAUGUGGAAAGCCUGGGACCCGGAGGUUGCCGUUUAUGAUGUGAACGGCCUGCCACUUGCCGACGGUCAAGUCAUUGAGAUUUGGGGGACCGACAAGGCUGCCCCGCCUAGCGAAAGGAUCCUCAAGUUCCAGUGGGACAUCCUACGGAUGCAUGCUCUAUCUGGGGGUGCAGAUCCAGCCAUAUACGCCCCGGAGUGGGAUUUUGGAGAAGGGGGGAGCAUAAGUGACAUUCCUAGGCCAGAGAAGGAACUUCAUAUCGAAGCGCUCGAAUCGAAACGGACAAUGCAUUGA